AUGCACGCGCUAGACCUUGGCAUCUUCAUGCACAUCGUGUCAUGCAUUCGAGUCAUGUACAAGGACGACACGAAAGUGCUGAAGGCUCUUGACAAGGCACUGCAGGAUCUGGGUGAUGCAACCCGCAUCUCGGGAUUCCUCCCUACUACUCUAUCCUUCACCCUCAUCUCUCAAACCAUACCUCUCCAUCCCUCUCUGUUGAUCCCUCCUCCACCCUCUCAUCCCAUCUUGCUUCGCCCUCUCCCUUUUUCUCACUCCCUACUUGCCUAUCUCUUCUCUCCACGCCUACCUCCAUGCAGCUCCCACUUCCUCCCUGGCAACUUCUCCCUGCCCAGCCCAUCAUCCUCCCUCUCCUCACCCACUGCAGCUCCCUCCUCACUCGCUAUUCCUCGACACCGCUCCCCCCUCCCUUGCUACUCCUCCUUGCAGCUCCCCCCUCCCUUGCUACUCCUCCCUGCAGCUCCCCCCUCCCUUGCUAUUCCUCCUUGCAGCUCCAUCCGCCUUCUCACUGGUGCCCUGUUUCGCUCCCUAUCUUGA